GGACAGGAGGAGAAAGAGGUGGGCGCGUCUGAAGUGCGCGCCUUGUUUGGAGUAGGUGUUACGCACUGGCAUGGAGAGCGUAGCGCCGGGGAGGGACGUUUUACAUGUGGAAAGGGGAAUAACUUUUUCGCUCUCUCAGAGCUCGGGGUCUUUCUGGGGAAUGACACCUGCAUCCUCAAACUUGCCUAAAACCCAGAGUGAACUCGUCAGCCUCGAGCAGUUAAGUUCCAGCCUGUAGCUACCUUCGCUGGGUAACAAUGUUAGGCAGCGGCAAGUUACCGAGCUCCAGUGCCGGUGCGCAGGGAAGAAAAGUUGUAGAGAAGACUUCGGACCCCAUCAAGAGGCUCGGGCUUCUCGACAAUGAGGACAUACGUAUGAUGAUGCAGGGCUCCAGCAUGGUGAAAGUUCGCUCAUCGAGGUGGCAGAAGAGCAGAAACCUGCGGCUGCUGGAAGACGGACUCACCGUGUGGUGUGAGUCCACCAAGAGCUCCCGCAAAGCCAAAGCCCAGCAGACAUUUGCAGUGACAGAGGUGGAGUGUGUGCGUGAAGGCUGCCAGUCGGAGGCACUGAAGCGUCUGUCCGGUUCCGUCCCGGACAAACACUGCUUCACGGUGGUCUUCAAAGGAGCCAGGAAGAGCUUGGACCUGCUGUGUCCCUCUGAGGAAGAGGCUCAGCGCUGGGUGCGAGGACUCCGCACCUUAAAGGAGCGCGUGGCAACCAUGACUCAAAAGGAAAAACUGGACCAUUGGAUCCGAGGCUACCUGAGACGAGCAGAUCAGAACCAGGACGGCAAGAUGAGCUACGACGAGGUCAAACGGCUGCUGCAGAUGAUCAACAUCGACCUUAGUGAGCAUUACGCCCGCUGUUUAUUCAAGCGGUGUGACCGAUCUGGUGAUGGCCGGCUGGAUCAUAUAGAGAUUGAGGAGUUCUGCAGGGAGCUGCUGCGGCGGCCCGAGCUGGAUGCCGUGUUUAGACACUAUUCGAGUAAUGGUUGCGUGCUCACCACUGCUGAGCUGCGCGACUUCCUCGGAGACCAAGGAGAGGACGCCUCUCUAAAUCACGCCCAGAAGCUUAUAAUGACCUACGAGCUCAAUGACUGGGCUCAGAAGAACCAGGUCAUGACACAGAAUGGUUUCACCAUGUACAUGCUGUCCGUGGAGAACGAUGUCUUUAACCUUGACCAUGGCAGAGUUUACCAGGAUAUGACCCGCCCCUUGCCCCACUACUUCAUAUCCUCAUCACACAACACCUACCUUACCAAGGACCAGGUCACCAGCACCAGCAGCACUGAGCCAUACAUCAGGGCUUUGAAUCAGGGCUGUCGCUGUGUGGAGCUGGACUGCUGGGAUGGAGAUAAAGGUGAACCUGUCAUCUACCACGGCCACACACUCACCUCCAAAGUGCCCUUUAAGGAGGUCAUUGAAACCAUCUCCCUGUAUGCCUUCAAGGUAUCUGCAUACCCUCUAAUCCUGUCCUUGGAGAACCACUGUUCUGUGGAGCAGCAAGCUGUCAUGGCCAAACACCUCCGCACAAUCCUGGGCAGAAAACUGCUCACCAAGCCUCUCGGCGACCAGCUGCUGAAAGAGCUGCCUUCUCCUCAAGACCUUAAGGGGUAUAUUCUGGUAAAAGGAAAGAAGCACACUCCACACCUGGGUCAGCUGGGCAAGGCUAGCAGCUCUGCCAGCUUCUCUUCAAGCUCUGAAGAUGAACAAGCAAGCAGCAUUAAGAACAAAACCAAGAAUGGUCCCGCCAAGGUCUGUUCCAAGCUAAGCCCAGAGCUGGCAGAGCUGGUGGUGUACUGCAGGAGCGUCCAGUUCCGCGGUUUUGAAAAUAUGUAUGAAAUAUCACCGAAUGACAUGUCUUCCUUCUGUGAAACUGAUGCCCUCAGACACAUCAAAGACUCGGGGAAGCUUUUUGUACGAUACAACAGCAGGCAGCUGAGCCGGAUCUACCCCUCUGGCCAGCGCCUCCAAUCAUCCAACUAUGAUCCUCAGGAAAUGUGGAAUGGCGGUUGCCAGAUGGUGGCUCUGAACUUCCAGACACCCGGGGAACAGAUGGAUCUGAACCAGGGUCGCUUCCUGGCCAAUGGUCGCUGUGGAUAUGUCCUGAAACCCAGCUUCCUGUGUAGCCCCUCGUCCAACUUUAACCCAGAGAACACGGGUGGAGGCCCCGGUCACAUCCCCACCCAGCUGACAAUACGAAUAAUAUCUGCACAGCAGCUUCCAAAGAUCAACACGGAGAAAGCAAGCUCCAUCGUCGAUCCACAAGUGUGGGUGGAAAUCCACGGGGUGUCUAUUGAUAAUGCAAAAGACAAAACACACCGCAUUGACAACAAUGGCUUCAACCCACGGUGGGACUGCACUCUCAGUUUCCAGCUGCAGGUCCCUGAGCUGGCCCUGGUGCGGUUUGUAGUGGAGGACCACGAUCACACUGCUAAGAAUGACUUUGUGGGGCAGUUCACUUUACCUUUCCCAAGCCUUCGCAUAGGUUAUCGACAUGUUCACCUGCUAAAGGCAGAUGGUUGCAGUCUGUCCCCCGCCACACUGUUUAUUCAUGUAAAAGUGGUCCGCAGAGGAGUUCCUAUCAAGACUGUGUCCGAGCGUAUGGCCCUCGCCAAAGGCAAGGCAUGACGCGCAUCUGAACCAGAUGGCAAACCGAAUGUUCUGACGACAACUGGCUUUGGAGGAAGAAGCUCUGAAUGUGAGGAGAGAAAGACUACCACUGCUACUGCUGCUGCUGCCGCCAGCCAGUCUCCUAGUCCAGAUCUCAAGUGGUCCAAUUUAUGUUCAGCCACUUCACCAUGCAGGAAGAAAGAUGUUGUUUAUCAGAGAUGAAGGAGAGCGGUGGUUCUCAGAUACACCGUAGGAGUAAUCAGUGCUGAGUGCUGAGGACACAGGGCACUGGCCAUUCAUGAAACACACAGAUAGCAGAUGCUUAAUUUGAACUUGUUUACUCUCAUGGUAGCUGAUCCAAUCUGUUGGGCAGAGAAACUGUUUUCCUCACGUCAUAAUUUUAAUUAUUUUAAAUAUUUUAAUUCAAGAGAUAUUUUAACAUUUUUAUACUUAAUUAUUUGAUUUUUAACUUGAAGAAUGAGGAUAGCACCUUCUUAACUGAAUGCACACCACGAAAUGCUAUAAAAUCAAUUAAAAAUAGCUGUGAUUAAAAAUGCUUAAUAUCUCUUUUAGGUUAUAAUUAUUUUAAGUCUAACUGUGAUAUAAUUUUAUGUUUUAAUGAUUGCCACUGGGUGUGUCUUACAUGAUCAAAUAUCAGAGUUGAUUCAGUUAGUCUUAUUUGAUGCUCCAGAUACUUUGGCACUUUUAAUAUCUCCCUGGGAGAUAAAUGACAGUAUUUUCCCACCACUUUCAAAUGAACUUGAAUUUUAAACAGUAUUCACUUGCAGAUAAAAGUUUACUUAAGCUCCUUUUAAUUGUUGUAUUUGCCUCAGCAUCAUUUCAAAAGAGGGUGUUAAAGACAUUUGCCUGUAGGCUCUUUACCUCUUGUCUGUUUACAACCAUGCAUAAUUAUUUUUAAUUAUUUUUGUCAUUGCCAAUGUUCUUGUUGUGGUUUAACCCUAAUUUCAGCUGUUUAAUACAAACAUCAACAGCGCAGACUGCAGUGAAUCAUGUAAUACUGAUGAAAAAAAAUCAGUAAAGAAAGAUAAUUCACUGAGAUUGUUGUAGCCUAAUUAAUGUGUAUAUGAUCAAGAUGGUUAUUUUGGAGAUUCUAACAUGUGCUAACCGUUAGUGAAGUAAGACUUUGCAGUGUUAACGCGCACAGGCUUUGUUGUGAAGAUGUAAGUUUGUAAUGUUUUUAUAAAGCGCUAAUAACACA